UGGAUCUGCCUCCACCGUCUCACCUCAAGCGUCUUCGUCUUUAUUUUGUUUGCUGGGGGAGGGAUAUGUCGGUGAAGUUCUUGAGCCCUUUCAGCUUUCUUGCCGCGACGCCCCACUCAUUUCGCCGUGGAGUCGAGCUCCUCUGGCCUUUUCCGUGGCACCUCCGCGCCCCACCCUCCCGAUCCCCUCAUGAACUGAUCGCUGAAGACAACGACUACAUAGUGAGGCAGAAAACCCAAGUCGUCAACUACACCCCCCUCCGUUCAAUGGGCCUCUUUCGCAACCGCGAUACGCCUCUGCGUGCCAUUUACAGGCUAUACGAGUGGCUUUGCACGAACUCUAUUAACGAGGUCAUGGAGGAGACCUGGUAUCUCUUCAACCUCCAGCCUACGUGGGUGCUGAAGGAUAUCGAAGAUCCUAAGGACCCAGAUCCCAUCCGUUACGCGAUCCUGGCUGCCGUCGUCGAGCUUUUGGUCCUCUCGUUUAACAAGAAGAUUAAGUUGGGGUUACGACGUGGUAUCACAACGAAGAAGCCUCUGAUGGUCUUCGAGUUCAAGAAAGAUCCCAACCCCCCGUACGAGGAAGCACCUCCUUGGUGCGCCGAAGUCCCAGGCCCACCAGAAACGUUCAGGUCAAGUCCUAAGUUUAUGUACACAGUACUGUCAGUCUUAAAAUCUUACUCCCAAAUCAUCAGUAAAUCGGUACUGUUAUUGCAUUAUAUCUGUAGACGAGGGUGCAGCACGGCCGAAAGGUUGUCUGGAGCCCGUUGUUCAGCAAUGGACCAUUGGACACCAAGUUAAC